AUGGGAGCUGCAUCGGAGGAGAGUGGGUUCCCCACAACGUUGCCAGAGGCGGGGGAAUUGCGAGCAUCAUCUGGGGAAGGUGGGAUCCCAGGCAGGUUGGCACAAGAGGGUGGGUUGCCAGGUGGUCCAGUGGCGGGUGUGGCAACGCGGGUGAGCGGAGGGCGUGAUGCGCCGUGCAAGGGGGGGCGAGUUUGGGAUGUGCAAGCCACGGGGAGGCUGGCGGGGGGUGCGGGGAGUGCGGGGGUUGUGGGGGGCAGUGGUAUGGGAGCGGGGGGCGCCGGGGGUGUGAGGGGCGGUGGCAUGGGCGCGGGAGGCGCGGGGGGUGUGGGGAGCGGUGGCAUGGGCGCGGGAGGCGCGGGGGGUGUUGGGGGCGGUGGCAUGGGCGCGGGAGGCGAGUGGGAGCUGCUGCAGCAGCUGCUGGGAGGGGCAUCACUCGGGAGCGAGGGUGCUUCUGCUCGUGCUUCUGGUGAGGAGGAGCAGGCAGGGGCGCAGGCGGGGGUGGCGGUGGGUGGGGCAGGGAGCAGAGAGAUGGUGGUGGGCGGUAGGGUCCGAGGCAUGGAUUCCUUCGGAUUCUCCACGGCUGCUGCGGUGAUUGGUGGUGGUGGUGGCGGUGGCAGCAGCUACACUGUUGCCAGGGAACUCUUGGAGGCAAUGCCAGGUGGCGCGACCGGAUUGGACGACCUUCAGUCGCUGCAGCCCCCAGGGUCUCGCCGCCGCACUUCCGGCCUUUUUGGGGUCGGAGCAGUUUCUCUUGACUAUAGAGAUGCCGUUUCUCUUAACGGGUGUGGCUAUAGUGGGUCUGGCCGUGGCGUGCCCUGGGGGGCCUGGGAAGGAGGAGAAAAUGGCAUGUCAGAUCAGCUUAUAAGGGAGAUGGGGGAGAGCGCGGCAAGAGGAGGCAACGCUGCAGUGGCAGCACUGUCCGCAGCUUGGUGGGAGGCUCGGGGGCAGCUGAAGCCGCUGGGGAAGGUGCGGGGGAACGCGGUGGAGCGGCUGACUCACUACGUGGUGGAGGGGCUGAUGCGGCGCAUGGCUGGGACGGGGUUUCAACACUUCUGCACUCCCUUACGACGGCCUCCCAAGCACUUCUGCACGCCCCUGAGACGCCCUCCCAAGGUAAUUGGCUUCGAGUUGGGAGUGGGUGACGCUUAUGCCGUAGCCAGAGAAAAGGCGGUGGAAUGGUAUUCAAUUUUCAUGCAAACUCCCUCCUUCCCCUCUUCCCCCAUCCCCUCCUUCCCCUUCCCCCCUCCUUUCUCCUCCCCCUCCCAGGAGCUAGACGAAGCCCUCACACUCUACUCCUCCUCGCAGCCCUUCCCACUGUUCGGCAGCAUCUCCCUCGCCCAUCUCAUAGCCGAGGCAGUGAGCGGCAGCACGCACGUGCACAUCAUCGACUUCGGGUGCUUCCAGCCCAUCCACCUGCCCGUGCUCAUGGAGCUGCUCUCCUCUUCCCCUCUCCCCUGCUCUCUCCUUCCCCUCUCCCCUGCUUCCCGGCCUUCCCCACUCCGUUCCUCCCCCUCUCCCUACCAGGAACUAGACGAGGCCCUGACUCUAUACUCCUCGUCACAGCCCUUCCCCCUCUUCGGCAGCAUCUCUCUCGCCCACCUAAUCGCCGAGGCAGUGAGCGGCAGCACGCACGUGCACAUCAUCGACUUCGGGUGCUUCCAGCCCAUCCACCUCCCUGUCCUCAUGGAGCUGCUCGCCGCACCACCUUGCCUAGACGCUCAUUCUCUCGAUCCACCCUCAGUUUCCCUUUUUUCUCGGAUAUACCCGACUACGCACCAGCUCUUUGCAAUGGCCGCCGAGGUCGGAGAGGGUAACUGCAUCGGCUAUGCCGCCAGGGAUCAUACGGGACCCCUCGCGCCCUUCAAGUUCAACCGCAGGGAGGUGGGGCCCAAGGACGUGCGCGUCCGCAUCACGCAUUGCGGCAUCUGCCACAGCGACCUGCACCAGGUCAAGAACGAAUGGGGCGGCUCGCAGUACCCCAUGGUCCCGGGACACGAGAUUGCUGGAGUGGUGGAGGCGGUGGGUUCUGAGGUAACCAAGGUGGCGGUGGGGCAGCGGGUGGGCAUCGGGUGCAUGGUGGACUCGUGCCGCACGUGCCAGCCAUGCGUGCAGCACGUGGAGCAGUUCUGUCCGCAGUGCGUGUACACGUACAACAAGGUCGACCCCAAGACGGGCGAGAUGACGCAGGGCGGCUACUCCUCCUUCUACGUCUGCGACCAGGACUUCGUGCUGACGAUUCCCGACAAGCUGCCGUCCGACGUGGCGGCGCCGCUGCUGUGCGCGGGAAUCACGGUGUACUCGCCCAUGGUCUACUACGGCAUCAACCAGCCCGGCAAGCGGUUGGGAGUGGUGGGGCUGGGCGGGCUGGGGCACAUGGCGGUGAAGUUUGGCAAGGCGUUUGGCAUGCACGUGACGGUGCUGAGCACGAGUCCGAGCAAGGAGAAGGAGGCGAAGGAGGUGCUGGGCGCGGAUGAGUUCAUUGUUACCAAGAAUGCUGACGCCAUGAAGGCAGCAGUGGGGACACUGGAUGGCAUUGUGGACACGGUAUCAGCGCAGCAUGAGCUGGCACCAUACCUGGACCUGCUCACAUUCAACGGCAAGAUGGUACUUGUUGGCGUGCCUCCGGAGCCCUACGGCCUGCAUGCUGGCCAGCUCAUCUUCGGGCGCAAGACCUUGGCUGGCAGUCUGAUUGGAGGGAUCAAGGAGACUCAGGAGAUGCUGGACUUCUGUGCAGAGAAGGGGGUUGCACCCAUGAUUGAGAAGAUUGACAUCCAGGAUGUGAACAAGGCAUAUGACAGGAUGGUGAAGAACGACGUGAAGUACCGCUUUGUUAUUGAUAUUGAGAAGAGUCUCAAGUAG